CUGGUACUUCGCGAUUCAUCAGCAUGCUUAGCCGUGUAGCCCUUCGCACCGCCCGCUUGUCGGCGUUCAAGCCCGCCGCAGCGGCCUUCCACACUGGCGCUUUCCGCCAACAGGAAGAAAAGAAGGAAGGCGAAGUCGCCAUCCCGGCGGACAACCGCAGCUUCUUGAACCGAUACGGUUUGGAUGACCCCUUGAUCUCGCUGCCCAUCAUUGCUGCUGUGUCGAUCCCUGCCAUCAGCAACGGCUGGUACGAGUUGGGCGCUGAAACCCAAUUGGCGUGCUGCUUUGCGUUGUUCGUCACAUCUGCGUACAAGUACGGCGGCAGCGCCAUCGGUUCGUACUUCGAAUCCCGCGCCGAUGCCAUCUUGGCCGAACAAAACGCCGUGGAAGACGCUAACUUGGCAUUGGCCAAGGAAACAUUGAAGGCGCACGAAUCCAUCUUGACCAUCAAGAAGGACAUUGCGACCUUGGGCGUCGCCCACGAAGAAGCAUUGGCGUUGCUCUGCCAAGUGCAAAACGCCAAGUUGCGCCACAAGACCCGCGACACGUUCGUGAAGAACUUGGAAGCGAUCUACCAGCUGGAACAAAGCUACAACCAAGAGCUUCAAGAAGCCAUGGUCGCGUCGGCCACCGCCGCCGUCCGCAAGACAUUGUCUGCCGGCAAGAAGGAAGUCAAGGCGGAAGCGUUCCAACUUGCGUUGGACAUUUUGUCUGAAAAGGCCAUUGACGAAACCAAGCCGGAUGCCGUCGCUGCUGCCUUUGGCAAGGAAUUGCGUGCGUUUGCUGAACACUUGGAGGCCCAACAAGGCACGGUCGUCAAGCUCACGGAAGCCGAACAAAAGGAACUGGAAGCUGGCUUGGACGCGUUCUUCAAGAAGAUUGAAGUCCAUGCCGAAGUCAAGGCCCCCACCGAAGUCAAGGUUGAAUUGCUAUAAAUUGAGGGCAAUACGACAGGUCGCUACGUGGUGGCGGCCAGCGACGGCGUCGGCACCCCUCCACGGCGCGUUAGACUAGCUCGCUGACCUUUCCGCGUGCUUUUGUUGUCCCUAAAGAAUGACGAGUCCAAGGUUCUGUUGGCCGCGUUAGAGCAAAAACACUUGGGGAAUGUGCUCG